AACUAUCAUACAGUACAGUUAUGGUGUCUGUGCAGUUUUUCGCGUUUCUUCUGUGUGCCUUCUAUCUGACAAACCACACAAUGGCUUCGGAGAGACGGUUGGAACAGCUAGCACUCGCACUCUUCAAAAUGCAAGAGAAUCAAAGAGUCUUGGAGACUACGAUUAGCGACCAGGAUAAACGUAUUAAGAACCUGGAAGACAGUGUGGAAAAAUGUAUGAAUGGAAGAAGCCAUACUCCGGAGGAAGAUAGAGACGCUUCCUCUAAUUCAGACUUCGAUCCGCCAAGAUAUAAACCAAACAACAGCGUCUUGUAUGAAGAGAUAGUGGAUCAAGCUAAGCAACAGGUUUCAAAAUCUGCAGAUGCUGGACUUCAGAGACGUCUUUCUGGGACGAAUGGAUAUGUUGCGUUUUUCGCGCGUAUGACCCACCAUGAGUACAAACCUGGCAGUCUCCACAUCUAUGUGUUUGAUUCAGCAACAACAAAUAUUGGCGGCCAUUACAACGUCUUCUAGGGCAUGUUCACGGCUCCCCAUCGUGGCACAUACGUCUUUACCUGGACGAUGUACUGUUCAACAAAUGCUCAUAUUAUGACACAGCUUAUAGUUAACGGUAAUCUUGUCGACGCCACUAUGUGUGAUACCAAUGGAGCGGGAUAUUUCCGAUCAGCAACCGGUCUGAGUGUUGUGGAAGCUAGUCAAGGCGAUGUCAUCUUCGUCCGUAAUCACCCAACGACGACGCACGCUGGCGACAUUAUCAGUAACGAGAAUCACAUGUCAACAUUCAGUGGCUGGUCUCUGUAAAAAAAAAAUAAUUAUAUUUUGUUCAUUAGAUUAAACAUGCUAUGCAUACA